AUGGCGAAACGGAAAUCCGACGCCGAAGCGCCUUUGGUCCGCAAAAAGGCAAAGCUGCACCACCCAAUUAUUCACGAUGAUCAAAUUCCCGACAUUCAAGCUCUGCACUCGCCAUACUCACCGCCGUUAUCGACGGCUAGCCCCGAGCGACGACAAAAGCGCAGGAGGACGCCCGACUCUGAUUCUCAGUCCGACGACACUCUCGAACAACCAGAUGCAAAGCGGGCUCGGAAAAGUCCCAGUCCCGAAUCGCCAGAUACGAGCUCAGAGGCGUGGCCAAGCAUCGAAUGCAAUCCACGCGAUGAAGAGCCAAACUUCAUGGAGCAGCUCUACAUCCGAUCAUACACACAAGCCAUGCUACUCCAUGACGAAUACGACAGCGACACAUCUGCCAAUCACCAAAAUCCCCUACCAAGCCCAGAACCUUCCGAUCAAGACGUGACCGAAAGCGACGAGUGGGAGUUCCCAGCCGCCGAUUUCAUCAAAGCGCCGCAAUCUACACCAAAAACCUCCAAGUUACUCUCUCGCCAACGACGCAGACAACAACGCGACACAACAUCAAAAUCAACUCCUCAAAGAAAACAACGACAGCCUCCCAAGAUGGACAAAGAUGGAAGGGACAAGCGGGACAAGCGGGACAAGCGGGACAAGCGGAACAAGCCACGACACGAAGCUCUUUCGUCUGCUGUCGAGACAUUUUUGCAUUCCAAACGAUCAUCCAGACGGGACACCAACUGCAAGUUGUGGCAGCUGGGUGACGAUGGCAUGGCAUGCACAGUGUCAAGGCUGAGGUGA